UAUAAUGAUGGAGUUGAAGGAGAGUUCUUUAUUGAAAAUGAGAGGAAGAUGGAACUGAUUGAGUUCUUAAUCAUAUGUCCACCGUCUCAAGAUCACAGCUUCAUCGAUGAAGUAGUGGAAACAGCCGCAGCUACUACCAUUACUCAUGUGAGUACUCUCCCGGAAGGAAGGUUAUAUAGAGUCUCUGCCACCGAAGUUUUUGGCCCUUCGUCUCCAUCUACCGACAAAGUCAUGCAACUUUAUGAAGGUUUCAGAACUUCAACUCGGUUUGAACACGAGAUUAGGUUGAUCGUGAAAGAACAAAGUCGAGAUUUGAAGUUGUGGGAAAUUGUACAUGGAGCAGAGAUGUUCAAGAAAGACAACGGUGACACAGUUGUCAAGAUUUCUGGUAGAAAAGUGGAGGUGGAUAAGUGGUUCAGGAGGCUUGUUUUUCUACUGAGAAGGGGUUUUUUCAUUGUUCCUGAUACUGAUGAUGUUACUGGUGAUGAUGAUUCUGAUGCUGAAGAAUGAAGAAUGAAGA